CUUUUAUUUUAAAGUUAUCAAAAUUUUCUUUGGUAGGUUUUCAAGCCCACUCGCUUGUGCAAUGAUUUCCCCAUCCGCCCUCCUAUUUCAGGUGAACCGUUUGAAGCCAGAACUUAUAACACCGGCGAAGCCAACACCUCAUGAAACAAAGCUACUCUCUAAUAUUGAUGACCAGGAAAGCCUUAGGUUUCAGGUUCCAGUCAUAAUGUCGUACAAGAACAAUCCUUCAAUGAAAGGAAACGAUGCCGUUGAGGUGAUCAGGGAAGCAUUGAGUCGGGCACUCGUGUAUUACUACCCUUUGGCUGGCAGGCUCAGGGAAGGACCUAACAGGAAGCUUAUGGUGGAGUGCAAUGGAGAAGGUGUCUUGUUCAUAGAGGGUAAUGCUGACAUCACGCUUGCGCAACUCGGGGACACGAUUGCACCUCCUUCUCCAUUCUUAGAGGAGUUUCUUUAUAAUGUUCCAGGCUCUGAUGGGAUUGUUGGUUGCCCUCUGUUGCUGAUUCAGGUAACCCGUCUUUCAUGUGGAGGUUUUAUACUUGCAUUGCGCCUAAAUCACACAAUGUGUGACGCAGCUGGGCUUCUCCAGUUCUUGAACGCCGUUGGGGAGAUGGCACAAGGUGCUCAAGCGCCAUCUACUACACCAGUGUGGGAGCGAGAGCUCUUGGGUGCUCGAGAUCCGCCACGAAUUACGCGUGUGCAUCAUGAAUAUGAAGAAGGGAUUGAUGCUCAAGGCUCAUUUCCAAGCACUAACAAGCCAAACAUGGUCCAACGAUCUUUCUAUUUUGGGGCCAAGGAGAUAAAGGCCAUUCGGAAUCAUAUUCCACCGCAGUUAUCAACCUGCACUACAUUUGAUUUGAUAACAGCUUGUUUGUGGAAAUGCCGCACACUUGCACUUAGAAUGAAUCCAAAACAAGUUGUUCGCCUUUCAUGCUUAGUCAGUGCACGCGGUAAGCGCCACAAUGUACGUCUACCCUUGGGAUAUUAUGGCAAUACGGUUGCAUUUCCUGCUGCAGUUUCAGAGGCUAAAGCUGUAUGUACAAAUCCAUUGGGAUAUGCUUUGGAGUUGGUAAUGAAGGCAAAAGCUACAGUGAAUGAAGAGUACAUGAGAUCAGUUGCAGAUCUUAUGGAAAUAAGAGGACGACUACCAAAAUAUCCAUUGACAGGAAACUUCAUAGUUUCCGAUAAUUCGCGUGCAGGUUUUGGAGAGGUCAGUUUUGGUUGGGGCAAGCCGGUAUUUGGUGGACCUGCGAAGGCCUUGAAUUUGAUUAGCUUCUAUGUUCAACACAAAUGCAACAAUGAGGAUGGGGUAUUGGUACCAAUAUGCUUGCCAUUAUCGGACAUGGAGAGAUUUCAGAAGGAGCUCGAGAAGAUGACUGUGGAGACUGUGCAAACUACGGAGGAUAUAUAUGACACAAAAUCAGCUAAGAUCGUGUCAAGGAUGUAAUCUCAAAUUUUAGAUUUCUAGUGUGAUGUCAAUGGAUUUCGGAAUGUACCAUAUACAUUAAUGUUUUUGUGAUUUUCGUGCGUAUGUAUGCUUGACUUUUUCUAUGAGCUUUAUUCCAACAAAAACUAUUGGUGUUGUAGUUGCAUGACCAUUUUUGGAGUGAAGUUAGCGAGAUGAAAGGUUCUCCACCGCUGGCCGCCGCCGGACUGCCGUCCCUCCCCGGUCAGCCGCGCCACUACCAAUAGCAACCAGCAGGCUGAACGACGAAGGCCCUUCCCCCAACUUACUGCCAUGGAAAUCUAUCACUGCCAAAUUCCUAAAGACUUAUUGGCAUAUUGACCUUCGUAUGAAGCCUAUAUUGCCAUAGAGGAUUCAGUUUAUUUUUCAAUACCAUAAACCCACCUCCCUUCAGAUCCACAAUCUAUUUCAUUGAACCCUACAUUGAGAGAGAGAGACAAGAUCAACCAUGGAAAUUAUUAGGUCUACUAGAUGAUGAUUCUCAAGCCUCCUUUUAAUGUUCAAGGUUGUUUUGAGAAAUUGUAAGGUAAAGAGAUAUGAAAGAUGGGGAAAAAGGGAAGAUGAGCCACAACCAUGACAGGCCGUGGGGGUGGGGGGACUU